UUUGGCGCAAAGAUAAAUGGGAGGUCGUACAAUUUAUAAAAGUCAAUAAUAUUUUUCUUUAUUCCUUAUUACGAGGUUUUUAGAGACUGUAUCGACUAUCCUAAGACGCGCUUGGACGCACUUGCGGCAAUUUUUCUAUUGGAGGAUAAACUAGCUUCAUACACACCACACGCUUUGGUUUAAAGUCAGUUGGAUUUGCGUUUAAGAGGAGAAUGAAGUGCACUUGAUUAAUUUUAUCUGAGUCAUUAUCUAAUGGAACAUGUUCUUAAAUAGAUGAAGAUGUUUAAGUGUCUAAUUAAUACAAAGCAGGCAAAUAAAUUUUGGAGCUAAUAUUUUGAAGAAAUGAAUUUGACAGUAUUCUUAUUGGAGUUUUACAAUAGAUGAAUAGUAGCAGCCAAGAUUUUCUCAUGAAAUAACAACUGAAGCAACCGAAUAUCAUCUUCAUCAUGGCUUCUCUCGCCAUAUUCACCAUCAUCAUUAUUGGUCCAGCUGCUAUUGCAGUAGUAAACGCUGAGAAUCCCACCAUCCGGUUCAACAUCAGUGAAGAAGUGCGGAGUGGACAGAAAGUUGGGAGUAUACCCACAGCAGCCAAACAGUUUUUGAAUACUACUGCUUCCAGUUUAUUAUACACUUUCUUGCCACCAACGGAUGCCAAUACAUUAUUCAGUAUUCACGAUGAAAGUGGGGACAUAUUUACUUCAGUUGUAAUUGAUCGGGAAGAUGUGUGCAAAUAUGACCUUGUUUGUAAGAUUGACUUUGAUGUGGCUGUACGAUCGGUAGAUAACGGUUACUUCCAAAUUGUAUCUGUGCAGAUCUACAUUGAUGAUGAAAAUGACAACUCUCCAUUGUUUCCUAUGGAUGUUUACCACCUAAAUAUUUCCGAAGGCACAAGUUCCGGUUCAUACAAUAUUCAGCCGGCUGUAGACAAGGAUCUAGGGGGAAAUAACUCUAUUCAGUCUUACCAUCUUGUACUUAAUCCAGAUUCUCAGGGCUAUUUUCAAUUAAUUGCGAAUAAAAAUCUUGUUGGAACAUUUAUGCUGAAAUUGGUCUUGCAGAAAGUUUUGGACAGAGAAGAAAAGGACACUUACACAUUGGAGAUCGUGGCCAAAGAUGGCGGAAAUCCCCCAAAUACAGGAACGUUGAAAGUUGUAGUCCACGUCUUAGACACCAAUGACAAUACCCCAGAAUUUACAAGCCUCGUGUAUAACAUUUCAAUCAAAGAAAAUUUAGCUGCAAUGGAAACCAUUCUGAAUCUAACAGCCACGGACAGUGAUCUUGGAGAGAACGCAAGGGUAACCUAUAGAAUAAGUGAAUUCCAGAAAAACAGAGACAUUCUUGAUGAAUAUUUCUUGAUAAACGAAACAACUGGUGAAUUGAAAGUGAAAUCAGAUUUGUCAACAAUUGCAGGGGAAACGUACAGAUUCAUUGUUGAAGCAGUGGAUCAUGGGGUGGUUCCAUUGUUUUCACAAGCUGAAGUUGUAGUUCAUAUUGAAGAUUACGGAAACAACGCUCCGGUUGUCAGUAUUAGCUACAUCUCUCCCGGAAAUACUGGUUUUGUUAAUGUUUCGGAAAAUGCAAGGAACAACAGCUUUGUUGCUCAUGUGAAUGUGGAAGACCAAGACAGUGGUUUGAAUGGAGAAGUCAGAUGUGAAAUAUCGAAUAGCUACUUCUCUGUUGUUCCUAUGGACAAAGGAUUCAAAGUUGUUGUGAAUGCUGUUUUGGACAGAGAAGUACUGAAUGCAUACAAUCUGACAGUAACUUGUUUUGACAAAGGUAGCCCCGUCAUGAGCGGUUCGACACAUUUUAUUGUACGUAUUUCAGACUACAACGACAAUAAACCUGGUUUUGUCCAGCCAACUUACGCUGCAAAGUUAACUGAAAACAAUAAAGGAAAUGAAGAAUUACUGAAAGUUUCAGCUACCGAUCCCGAUGAAGGCAGAAAUGCUGUCGUUCACUAUGCAAUGCAUGGGGAUGCUCUGGGAAGAUUUGUUGUUGAUAGCGCAACUGGAGUCGUCAGAGUAAAUGAAAUUUUCGAUCGAGAAAAAGAGCCUGUCAUAACAUUUCGAGUUCUUGCGAUUGACAGUGGUUUUCCUACAGCACUUACUGGAACUGCCACAGUGACUCUUACCCUAACAGAUAAAAAUGACAAUCCACCAACAUUUAACAAAACUGUUCAUGGAUUUAAAAUCUUUGAAAACCAGCCUACAGGUACUGAUGUAGCCAUGUUACAAGCCUUUGAUCUGGAUGAUGGAGUUAAUGCAGAAUUUGAUUUUUCUAUUGAAUCCGAGUAUAUAGACAACAUUCCAUUUGUCCUGUUUUCUGAUGGUCUUUUGAAAGCAAACAAGCAGUUGGACAGGGAGGAGAAGAGCAGAUAUGACUUUGUUGUCAUAGUUACCGAUCAUGGUGAAAAUCAACAGAGCAGUUUGGCGCACGUAACUAUUAUUGUAGAAGAUGUUAAUGACAAUCGUCCAAUUAUUACAUUCCCGAAACCGACAAAUAAAAGUGUUACUGUAUUGUACCCAGACUUUGAAAGUGAGUAUGUAGCAACCAUUGAAGCAUAUGACCUUGAUGAAGGAAGAAAUAAAGAGCUACAGUUUUCUAUAAGAGCUGGAAAUGAACUGGGAAUAUUUAAAAUUGACAAGAACUCUGGAGUAAUAUUCUUUGACAGUCAAGUAGAUAUUGGUUCGGAUAGAGAUAUUGCUCUUGACAUUGCUGUAGCCGAUAAAGGAGAAACUCCCCUAGAAACUGUGACGACUCUUGAAAUUCAACUGAAAUACACGAAUGCUACAUUCCUGGCAUCAGCAGAUUCUUUGAGUAAUUCCAAAUAUAUCAUCAUUUCCGUUGUUGUUGUGGUUGUGACCUUGGUAAUUUCGGGAGCAAUAAUUGCAGUCAUCCUUGUCCUACGUACAUUGGACCGAAAACGAAAAAUGGAACAAGGGAAUGAUUCUGCCCAGACGUUAGAUUCCGAUUUUGGAUUUACGCAGGUGACACAGAACCAUACCAUACUUUCUACAGAUACGUUGUCAUCUGGGUCAGGGGAAGGCCACGACCUUAUAAAGAAGAAGGAAGUCAGUUUCGUCCUCGACAACAAUGAUUCUUUCAACUACCAUCAACAGUAUCAGAAUGGUAACAUCUCCAUGGCGUCACAAGACAAACCAUCUAAGUCAUCGUUACGGUAUUCAGCGCGCACAGACCUGUCUCAGAAUGUCCUUGACACACGGGAACUUCAGAACGAGGCUAACGCUCAGCUACAGACUAUCAAGUUACAGCAGAUGAUGCUGCAGAGCCGAGCGAAACAGUGGGUACAGCAACAACAACAACAGUAUGGAAUAGUGGCACAUGAAGACCACCAUAGCGAUGGUUCGGCAGAGACAAUUGGUAGUGACAGUGGUCGUGGAUGUAGUGAAGAAGAUGAUGUUUUCAGCACUCCCUCUGCUGAUGACCCAAAGUUAUUCGAGAUAUCUAGUCCCGAGUCUCAGCACAGUUACCACCCGCAGCCAGUGGAUCCAUACAACCAGCCUUGUGGUUCAUACAUCAAGCAGCCUUGGACACGUAAACCCCAUUUAGCACAUAAAGAUUACAAAUCUAGUCAUAGCCAACUUGGAUUAAACAGAAACUUAAAUGUUCGACAUUCAGUGCAUUUAGAAAAUAUUCCAAGUCGAUAUACAGAUGUAAGUCAGAAUCGGUCUUCAUGGGGUAGUGCAUUUUAUGGAGGGCUAGGACCAAUGGAUUUUACCGGGGAUUCUGCCCUUCAUUCGUUUUUCGACAAAACACCUGUAAUAAUGCUGAAUAGAGAUGACGACGAUAAUUGCUCAACGACAACAUCUGGAAGUUAUACCAUACAGUCGGAGGAAAUUUUGUGAUUCUGUUGUAAUGACCAGUUGUUUAUUCAGCAAAUUAACUGUGAUAAACAAUAAUUGGAAUAUUUAUGAUAGUUUAUAUUGUUCACAGAACAGAGGAAAAAUGGUGAAUGCUUACAGUUUGUUUUGUGCAGCAUGACACUUGACUUCUGUAAUCAUUUUUCCUACCUGAUGUUACAUUUGAAAAACAAAUGUCAUCACACUGACAUGACAAACAUCUAAGUUUGAAUAAUAGAACUAAUCUGUAACUUGUUAAACCCUGUUACAUCAGAAUGUGUCAUUUUCAAAGCCAUUCCACAAUCCAGUCCGUAUCGCCGAGACACAGCAGUAUUCACCACGCAGGGAGCCAGCACAAGGACAGGCAAUCGCAGUUGUGAAGGGAGAUUGAUGGAGCUGUAUGACCACAAUUGACUUCCCAGCAUGCCGCAGUUGCAAUGGUAAAAUUCGUUAAAGGAUGGAAUAAAAUCCAUGCAGGUCAUAGUUUCACAGUACAUCAAAAAGAAACCCAGAUGUAGGAUGAUGUCCUAUACAGGUGGGAUGACUGUCUAUACAGGAUGACGGUCUGUACAGGGUGACAGUCUAUACAAGAUGACAGUCUAUACAGGGUGACGGUUUAUACAAGAUGAAUGUCUGUACAAGAUGAUGACCUGCACAAGGUGACAGUUUAUACAGGGUGAAUGUCUGUACAGAAUGACGUUCUGCACAGGAUGACAGUUUAUACAGGAUGACAAAUAUACAAGGAUUGGGACGGAUUAGCAUUGCCACCUUGAGACACCCAUACACAAGAAAGGGAAAAACUUUUAUGUACUUAAAUUGUAUUUGGACACUGUCUUGACGAUUUAUUGAAACCAAAAACUGUAGAUUAUUAUUUCUGUGAAUAAAAUAAGUUAACAGAUCAAGCCCAUGUAUUACCAUAUUGAUAUUAUUGAAGCAUAGGCAGUCUGUGUCAGACUACACUGACCAAUGACAUGAUAGGAGUUUUAUAAUAUGCUAAAUUGCUUCACAUAAGAUUUUGUAGACAAGAAUGUAGAAAUUGUUACAGAUUGUAAAUCUGUUAUGUUUUAGUGCUUACAGAUAGGUCCAAUACCAUCAUAUUUAUUUGUGUGAUGAUGGUAGAAGCUUGCUCAGGUGCUAGGUUGUGUGAGACCAAAGUUGAAGUAAAAAUUUCUAGCAGUGUUACAUAAAUGCGGCAGAUUAAGCUUUAAAAAAUUGUAGACUGCAGUUUUAACUUGUACUUAAUAGGUACACAUGAUUUUGUUUUAUGUAAAAGGUGCUUAUUGUAAAGUUUAUUGUAUAUUUUAUUUGUUGUUGUAGAUCCUAGUGCAAGCUAAAACAUUGUUCAAAUGAUCUCAAAUUGAUAAACAUAAACAUUUAAAUAUCUAA